AUAAUCCAGUGUACAAGAGUUAAGAGCUACUAUACUAAGAGAGCAAGAGAGUUAAGUCUUUAGAAAUGGCCAUCUCUGGAUUUGUUAAGUUUGCUUGCCUUGUUCUGGUCUGUAUGGUGGUGGCUUCUCCUCAUGUUGAAGCUGCCGUAACAUGUGGGCAGGUGGUGAGCAAGUUAUCCCCAUGUCUUGGCUACUUGCACUCCGGCGGUACUGUGCCUGCUGCUUGUUGCAACUCCCUUAGGGCCCUCAAUGCCGCCGCUAGAACCACCCCUGACCGUCAGGCCGCUUGUGGUUGCCUCAAGUCUGCCUAUAAUUCCAUUUCGGGGAUUAAACCAGCUUUGGCUUCCUCACUUCCUGGCUCUUGUGGUGUAAACCUCCCUUACAAGAUUAGCCCUUCCAUUGAUUGCUCCACGGUGAGGUGAAGUUGAAGCUUGAGACUUAUGUAAUGAAUGUUUGGAUAUAGAAGAAGAAUAUAUGUUACGAGAAUAAAUAAGGGCAGAGAGUCAAGCAGGGCACCACCACCUUGCUUGAGGCAAUGCCAGCCUUGUGGCUUUUGGAUAUCUGCUCUAUGUAUGUGGCAUUGUUAAUGUAUAUUUAUAAUGAAUGUAGUAGUUUUAUUUAA